AACAACAGCAACAACCGGCCAGUGAAGGCGCUUAAAGCGAAGAUGGGACCGCACGAUAAGCCGAGGCGAACUUCGUACUCCACGUCAACGUCAACGCACCUCACCCAGCCCCGCCGAUCGACAGCGACGAUACUACAGCCGCUGCUCCUGCUGCUACUGUUUGCCGUUACCAUCGUCCAGACUGGUCCCGUGAUCCGAUCGCGUCGUAUGAUCCGCGAGAUUUAUGUAGAAAACUCGGCCGCGGCCGCAGCAGCAGCAGCCGCCACCGCACCCGCAACGAUCGCCGAAAGCUUCUCAUCAGCUGAAGCCUCCGGCGACAGCGAUAUCGCACCGGCUGCAGACUUUGUCGCAAGAAGCGAUAUGUGCCUGCACGACGGAUCGUACGUCGAGCGAUCGACGAUUUCGUGCGAGAAGAAGCACGGUUGCCGUGCGAUCCAGAAAACCGGCGAAUGCUGCCCGGACUUUCAGUGCGAGUGCCAGAAGGAUGGCAAAACGUACGCCAACGGUGAGAAACUGUUCGAUCCCAACACACCGUGCCGUUCCUGUUACUGCCAGGGCGGUGAGGUGACGUGUAGCGAGGUGAGCUGCUACAAGCGGAACGAUUGCGAUCCCAAGUACAUCCCUGGCCGAUGCUGCCCGGAAUACGACAACUGUCCACCGUUGGAACACUUUAAAUUAUCGGAAUCCAGCGGAGCGAAAGACACCGAACCCGUCGGCCACGGCAAACAGGAAACGAAUGAAGUGAACGGACCGGCACAAGCGGCCACCGCGGAAACCGAGGAUCUACUGACCGGACAUCAAAAGCAAUCCCCCUCCACUACACCAGCUGCAUCGACGACGACAACGACAGCAACGACGACAACGACGGCGGCGGCCCCAGCACCCUCGCACGAUAAUCCGCUCGGCAUCAAGAUCAAAGAAAUCACCAAAGCGGAAGAGAUCCGGCUGACCGACAAUCGGCCACCACCGCAGACACCGGAACAACCAUCACCGGUCGUGCCACACAGCGAGGAGCUGGUCAAUCUCGAGCAUCUCGACGUACACGUACCGGACGAUGACGGGGAGAAUGGGACGAAAAUCGUCCGCCACACCGACACAGCCGAUGGCCACGGUGAUACGAACGACGUCAGCUCGUCGUCGUCCGCGAGCAGCGAAUCCGGAGAGCCCCAGUGGCAUGGCGCCGGUACGUCGGCCGAGAAUCGCGUGGAAUCGAACGAAUCUUCCACCAGUGGCAGCGUGUCGGAGUCCGAUGAGUGGUUAAGUGUGAAGGAAAUGGCGGACGCGUCGACCUGGGCACCAGGGAGCACCACCACCACCACCACACAAGCACCGGCGAAUCCAUCAACGAGCGAUACCACGGAGGAAGAAGAUGAACGAGACCGAAAUGAGGCGGCCAAGAAACCAUCGAAGCAGGACAAUGGACUGCCAGCCGUGGUACAGAUCGGUGACAAGCUCGUAAUCGUGGACCACAACCAACCGAAACCGAUCACAGUCAUUCAGGUGGAGGAAGUGGAAGGGUUGCAGCGAGGCGAAGAUGAUACUGUGUACGAUCAGGAGAUGUACACGGAGCGAUCACCGGUGGCCAGCGAAUCGGGUACGGCACGGGAAUCGUCGAAGAAACUGAAGCUCCACCAGGCCGCUGAUCAGGAACAGGAAACACUCUCGACGCAGGCCGACUCCAGUGGUUCGUACGAGACCGUCUGGCACGGUUCAACCGAGGUGGUGGAUCUGACGUCGGAAGAGAUCUACGACACGCAGCACUAUACCGAGGGUCCCGAUGGGGCCGGCAAUGACACGACACAGAACGCCACGGUUUCCGGUGAGCUGGAUUCCGUUAGCAAGGAAGACUUCCUACAUAUGGAUCCUUCGAAGGAACCGGCCAAGCUGUUGGCGAUUGGGAAGGAUGUUGAUCAGACAACGACUGCCACCUUGGCGGCCGGUAGCAGUGAUGCGUACAGCAGCACCACCGAUGAGGGCAGUACCACCAUCUCCGAUCUAGCGAUCUCCCUCAGUACCGAAGCUUCCGGUGAUGGUGCUAUCUACGAUACGCGGUUCUACACCGAGGAGCCUUCGUUCUCCUCCGAGGAAGUGAAAUGGCAAGGACCAACCGCGAGUCCAAUGGCACCAGAGGUCGAAGCUUCGACUCCGGGAUCCAGCAGUAGCUACGCAGGGCGCGAUCACGUCCCGAUUGCCGAGGAGCUGGUGACGCACGGUAAAACCUACAUCGAGGACGAUGAGCACGAUCUCAUUCAGCCCGGGUUCCAGCCGAUCCCGGAAGACUUUAGUCUUCCGCAGCGCGAUCAAGCGGCGCACGAGAUGAUGGGCGAUGAGAUGGACCAGCACCAGGCGGUGACUGCCGCUCCGGCUCCAGUCAAAAGUGAAAAACAGGAGAACCGUAUUCUCGUGGAAGCGUUGGAAGGGUUGACGAGUAAAAACGGAACCACGACCACGGUUCGACCGACCACGGAUAAAGAGGAAUCAUCAACGGAAGGUGCUGCCGGUGGCGGAGCGUCACAAGAGGAAACCUCCAACUCACCGGCGUGGCUAAAGGAAGAUCCGAAAGCUCCACAGCUCCGUUCGCCCGGUGAACCGCUUCUGAUCCCGGAAUGGGAACGUCACAACCGAACUGCCAAUUCGACGAACUCCUCCGAGGAAGAGCUGGAUGCCGGAUCCGGUGAGCGCUCCAGUAGUGCUGUGACGGGAUCCUAUCACCUGCUAAAGAUGGGUUCGGAUGAAUACCUCGAUGCUGGAUCACUAGAGGAAGCAACUGGCCAUGAGGACUCGUCGUCUACUACGAUCAGCGCCCCACUGAAGGCUGCCAGUCACUCCGAAAAGGAGGAGGACGAUGAUGACGAUGAUAACGAAGAUGAGCAGGCGAAUUCCAAGGCGAGUGCAGCAUCGUCUUCAUCGUCGGCAUCAUCCGUCGAUCGAUCGUUGCUGGACAUUGACUCACCGGCUGACGCGGUCACCGAACAGUCGGACAGUGUGAAGCACAAUCCCAAGAACGAUGUCGAGAGCUUGAAGUACGACGAGGAUGAGAAUAAUGCGACCGCGGACGAGGCGAUACCGAAGAAGGUGCAACAGCUGGAACCGUCCGGUCACGGGCCCACGAUCACCAGUGUUUGAGGUGGUCGUCCGGAGUGAGGGCGUGAGGCGCAACUAGUAGAUACACCCCACCCCCCUGCCCCCCAUGGUGCCAGUUAAUACAUUCCUCGAAGCGCUCGUGCGCCGCCCCCCUUUUUUCCUGUCCUUCCCUGAUGCUGUGUGCCGUGUGCCAUCGAGUUUUAGAUUCCCCCCCCCCCCCCCCCUUUCUCGGCUCCCAGUUAAUGGUCACCCCCACGACCCUCAAACCGAUGGUUAUGUAUAGGAACGGCCCAAGGUGCCACAACUUAUCGGUGCAAAUUAUUUAUUAACGCAACGCAUCGCAACCAUCAUCGGUCCUUUGCGUGGAGGUGUCUGAGGUUGCUGCGUUCUGCGAUCAACUCCUCGAUCAGCAGCCCAGGGAGAGCGAUAGAAGCGAGUGUGCGAGAGGCGAGUGGGCGUUUGUUGUCCCACACGGGAGCAGGUACACGCAGGCACACCGCCAGAGAACCAGAGGGAAACGCCAUGCCGGAUUUAGUUUACACUUUAAGAGAGAGACUGUUGUGUUAGAAGAAGAGCGGCGCUAGUGAGUACAUAUUUAUUAAUUAAAAUACUAUUUAUCAGGCCGGUGGUGUGGCAGCACCCCAGCAGAUCCCCCCAUUCUACCGGCCCCUCGGUUAGUAGGCCACCCUUUUCUCCCGUUCCGUCUCCGUGCUUAACACGAGCACCAUCCUCAGUGCAGGAGUCUUUGGCCUCCUUCCUUUCUCUCUCUCUCUCUCUUUAGUAUGAUAUGGAAAUGCAAGGAAAGCAGUGGUUAGGAUUUAAAAAGGAUUACGAAUGCCGAUAGCAUCAUUGAUAGCAUUUCUGAAACCUCACCUCACGCGGGUUUCUCGGUGCUUGAACCGCAGAGUGGUGCAGAAGAGAUGCUGAGGAAAGUUUCUUCGUUAGCUGGCUCGUUAGUGGCAGAACCAGCAGCAGCAUUUUCGAUUCAUUGAAAGAUGUUUCAUUUGUUUCCAUAAUAUGAAGAUUAGCAAGACUAUUAAAUAUCGUUAGACUAUACGCAGCACAACUUUAUCUUUAAGCAACAUCCCCUCGGCCCCUCCCCAAAACGCAGCAACAAGCAGUACAGAGCAGAGUCUAGGAGUAGAGUCGGUCGGCCUUUCGGGGUUUGGGAAGGGGACGGGGACGGGGGGACGGAGGGAAUCGAUAAUUACAAUAUAGAUAGCGAAAUUAAAUACUAUUCGAAAAAGUGUAAAAAGUGACUGUACGGAAAACUAUACGGAAUGGAAUAAAGAUUUCAUAAGGAAGCG